GCGCGGCGGAGCCGGCAGUGCGGGGAGCGCCGCCUCCGCCCGGGGAGCGCGGGGGAGCGGGCGGGGAUGAUGCGCGGGGGGACAGCGCGCUAGGGGCAGGAGGAGGGUGGUCGCCCGGAGACUCCGCACCUCGGAGUGACGUCCUGCUGCAGUGCCGCUGCCUGCGCUGCCCGAGCUCGUCAAUGGAGCUGGAAAACAUCGUUGCCAACACCGUUUUGCUGAAAGCCAGGGAAGGGGGUGGAGGGAAACGCAAAGGCAAAAGCAAAAAGUGGAAGGAAAUCCUGAAAUUCCCUCACAUAAGCCAGUGUGAAGAUCUCCGAAGAACAAUAGAGAGGGAUUACUGCAGCAUAUGUGAAAAGCAGCCCAUCGGGAGGCUUCUCUUUCGGCAGUUCUGUGAAACUCGGCCCGAGCUCGAGUGCUGCAUUCGGUUCCUUGACUCGGUGGCAGAAUAUGAAAUUGCUCCAGAUGAAAAGCUGGGAGAGAAAGGAAAGGAAAUCAUGAUGAAAUACCUCACCCCAGAGUCUCCAGCCUAUGUUCCCGAAGUCAGUCCAGAACUUAUCCAGCAGACAGAGGAGAAACUGGAGAACAGCCCCUGCAAAGAGCUGUUCUCUCCCUGCACAAAAUCUGUCCUUGACCACCUCAGUGGGGAACCAUUCCAAGAGUACCUAAACAGCAUGUACUUCGACAGGUUUCUCCAGUGGAAGUGGUUGGAAAGGCAACCAGUGACAAAAAACACGUUUAGGCAGUACAGGGUACUGGGGAAAGGCGGUUUUGGGGAGGUCUGCGCCUGCCAAGUGCGAGCCACGGGCAAGAUGUACGCCUGCAAGAGAUUAGAGAAGAAGAGGAUCAAGAAGAGGAAAGGCGAAUCCAUGGCGCUCAAUGAGAAGCAGAUUUUAGAAAAAGUCAAUAGUCAGUUUGUAGUCAAUUUAGCCUAUGCCUAUGAAACAAAGGAUGCACUGUGUUUAGUUCUGACCAUAAUGAACGGAGGUGACCUGAAGUUUCAUAUCUACAACAUGGGAAACCCAGGUUUCGAGGAGGAAAGAGCUUUGUUUUAUGCAGCAGAGAUUCUUUGUGGCUUGGAAGACCUUCACAGAGAAAAUACUGUGUACAGAGAUCUGAAGCCAGAAAAUAUCCUGCUGGAUGAUUAUGGACACAUUAGAAUAUCUGAUUUGGGUCUAGCUGUUAAAAUCCCCGAGGGUGAAUCAAUCCGUGGAAGAGUAGGAACAGUAGGGUAUAUGGCUCCAGAGGUGUUGAACAACCAGAGAUACACACUCAGCCCUGAUUACUGGGGGUUAGGCUGUCUCAUCUAUGAAAUGAUUGCUGGGCAAUCGCCGUUCCGUGGAAGGAAGGAGAAGGUGAAGAGGGAAGAAGUGGACAGAAGAGUGCUGGAGACAGAGGAGGUGUACUCCCAUAAGUUCUCUGAGGAGGCCAAGUCCAUCUGUAAAAUGCUCCUCACCAAAGACGUGAAGCAGCGGCUGGGAUGUCAAGGGGAAGGUGCAGCAGAAGUGAAGAGACACCCCUUUUUCAAGAGCAUGAAUUUCAAGCGGUUAGAAGCAGGAAUGCUGGAUCCUCCCUUUGUGCCUGAUCCCAGAGCAGUGUACUGCAAGGAUGUGUUAGACAUUGAGCAGUUCUCCACAGUGAAAGGAGUUAACCUGGACCAAACAGAUGACGAUUUCUAUUCCAAGUUUUCCACAGGAUCGGUGUCUAUUCCAUGGCAAAAUGAGAUGAUAGAAACAGAGUGCUUCAAGGAGCUGAAUGUAUUUGGACCAAAUGGUACUAUUUCACCAGACCUAAACAAAAGCUACCCCCCAGAGCCACCCAAGAAAGGAUUGCUGCAGAGAAUAUUUAAGCGACAGCAUCAGAACAAUUCAAAGAGCUCUCCAAAUACAAAGGCCAAUUUAAAUCAUCACAUAAAUUCAAAUCACGUAAGUUCAAACUCCACUGGAAGCAGCUAGUUCCAGCUCAGUCCUAUGAAACAACAUGUUACAUCCUUCCACUAUAAUCUCUGGAGCUUCUGUGGAUGAGAGAGCCUCCACCAUUGAGUGAAAAAAAGAAAAUCUGGAUCUCCCAAAAUGGAGAUUUUCUAUCCAUUCCUUCCAGUGGAGCCUCACAUUUUAAGAAGAAAUUUCCACUCAGGUCUGUUUUUGGAGGUGGCACUCAAGACUGUGUGAAUCAAAUUUGUCUCUUUAGAACAUUGCAAUAGAAAUUCAAUGAACAUGACUACUUGCACGUAUUUAAAUAGCAUCAUACUAGAACUGAAUUUUGUCUUUAUUAUUUUUAAAGAAAAGUUUUGUAAAUUUCUCUAUUGUCUCAGUUUACAUUUUGUACAUUUGUAUUUAAAUGAAAGUCAGACUUUGGAGGUGUAUAUUUUCCAAGCAGCAGCUGUAAAGCCAUGUGUUUUAAGACAUUUUUUUAAAAGAAACAAAAUGUGACUCAAGACUUCCAGAGCCUCAAAUGAGAAAUCAUUCUUUUUAGCAAUUCUAGAAAAUUCUUCAUAAAUCACUUUAUCAGACGGGGGUUUAUUGACAUGCAUUUUUAUGGAACAGUUUAUUCUUAAUUAUUUUACAUCUGUAUAUUUGGUUUACAGCAACACUGCAUACAUUUCUCCUCUUCAUUAGUUUGUAAUGUCUCGCAUUAAAUGCUAAAAGACAAGAUUUUGAUGCAUUCAAAAAUGCUACUUGCUAUGCUGAUGGUUUGUGAUGUCUUGGGACCAGCACAGCUGAGAUUUGCACUUAUGUUGUUGUUCCAUCAAAGGCUUUUUAGUUAGAAAGGGAGCCCUGUUUUAAACUGUUUUAGUUCACUAGUGUUUGUGCUGUUUCUAGCAACAGGCAGAACAAAGCUGAGGGAGAGGUGACCAGAAAAGCAAAUGUCCAUUUCCUUUUCUAGGACUUCAAACCUGCACCUGCUGAAAUGAGAGCAAAACUCAAAGUGUUCUCCAUGCUGCAGUCAAGAGCCCAAGGUCUUUCCACACUGCCCAUAUCAAAGAGGCAGCAGGAGGGAAGUUCAGCAGUCUGGUUUGUGCCAACCAUGAGAUUGGUGACAGCUUUGUAGAGCUGAGCCAUGGAGGCUCAGAGAUCUGAGCUGCUUUUGGGCAAUGGCAGAACCUACAGGCUGUGCCCACACUUAAAAUACUUCCACGUGUCAUGCAAACACCCCCUGACACAUCCUCUCAGUUAGAUCCUCAACUGAAUAAAAUGCCAGUAUGAAAUAAUAUUGGCAUCAAUAAUAAUACCACUUCCAGCUCCAUCAUUCUUUGUCCAGGAUCCUUUAACCAACAACAAAAACUCUGUCCCCACUAGGAUGAACAGGAUCAUGCAGGAUCAGUAGCAGUGCCUCCACCAUCAGAAUCAGGCUCUUCUCAAGUAUUUCACUCAUAUUGUUAAGAACACCAGACCAAAAAAUAUGGUUACUUCCCUUCCAUGGGGAUUGGAAAACCUUUGUGCCCACAAACUGCAGCCCAAAGUGUUCUGUAAGAGUGUGGUGGUUCCCCAUAGUUGGCUAGACUAUACUGAUUUUUUUAAACCUUUGGGUCAUCAGGUGCAUCAGAAAGCCACCUUGAUGUGUCUAAAAAAAAUCCUGUUAGCCAGUAGUGGAGCUACCCCAGGGUCCAAGGAAGUGACGUUCCAGUGGGAUUGUUAAUAGCCAAAAUUCAUUUCACUGCCGUGUGUAUGUUCUGUGUGGCCAGUGCUGAGGGGGAAAAGGAGGAAGGUUAGUAGUGGCAAAUCCCUGAGUGAGAAACACACAGGAAUGACAUAGUAAAGCAGCUUGAAGUUGUGAGACAGAGAGACAGAACAGGGAUUUGCAUAGAGCAGCUGACAGAGAAAAGUCAGGACAGGGAGAUGAGGCUUCAGCCAUUCUCCCAUGUCAGAUGGUGGCAUUGCAGAUCUUACAAAAGAUGCAGGAUUUUAGAGAUGUUGCUAAUUUGGCAUGUGAAGACUAAAAUUUUCAUUCUUCACUAUCUCCCAGUAUGAGCAAAUCCCUUACUGAAAGCUGGUGAACAAAUUGCAAAUGUUGAAUAUAGCUGGUCUUACACCUUUUACAUGCUGCCAGCCUUAACCUGUGGUGGAUGGCAUUUUAGGGAGAGCAGUGAAUGACAGUGUUUGUGCCUUGUCCUGCUCUCCUUUCAGCCAGGACAGUCCUCACUCAGCAGCUCUAGGACUUGGCAGUGCAAAGUCCUGGAAGGGCGAGAGCAUUCAUUCUCCCUGGAUACCUGCAGGAUGUUAUGCUAGGGCUGGAUAUCCUGAAUUCUCAUGGCAUGGAAGAAGGAUGCUUGUGUGCACCUGAAGGCAUCAAGCCUGGGAUGGAGCCCCUCUGAAUCCCACCUCGUGGAGCAGUGGGAGAGGAAGGGGAGAGACACAGAACACCACCAGGAGAGAGAGAUUUCAUCCCUUGAGUGUCUCAGUCCUACAAACAGUAUUACCACGCUGGGGCAGCAGAACUUUUCAGCACCCAGCCCUGGAAGGCUUAAAAUCUAUCAAAAGUGCAAAUGAUCAGUUCUAGGGAUCUUCUUGAUACAGUUUGCCUGCAACAACAAAACCUGCAGGAUUUCUUUUUUAUCGCUUCUUACUUUUGUUGGGAUUCUUUUUAAAAAAAUUUUCAGCUUCCCUUGAACUCAAAGCUGGAGUAGGAGCACAGUUCUUGCCCUCCCAUUGUGUGCCCAGGUGCAAUUUGGACCCAGAACUCAGGGUUGAAGCCUUGUCAAGGCAGUGCCCUGCGUAGCCAGGCUUCCACAGGCAUUUGGCCAUUGGCUCCAUGGAGUCAAAUUUAAAAACCACUGGGAACUUUGGAAGAAAAUUUACAGUUUCUUCAAACAACUUUGAAGAGCAUUUGCAAUGAGAUUUUUAGUAUUUUGAUUCCAGGUGAAUUUUGAGGUGGGUUUGCACGUAACAAAGAAGUAGAAAGGAAUAGUUCUGUAAUAGCUUUCCAGACUGAUUCGUUUUCUUUAUCUCCUCUUCAGUUACCAUCCAAAUUCUUUUCAAAGAAUGCAUAUGCUCAUAUCUGGCUGCUUGUUUUAAAUAGACAGAUGAGCAAACUUAGCUCUUUUAAAGAAUCAGAAAUCCUUUCCAAUCUGAUCCUGAAUUAUGCAAGCAUGCCUUUUAUUUUUAAAUCUUUGUUGAGGAGUCUGAUGAACACAAAUUAGUUGACAGACUUUCAUGAGUCAGGUGUUUGCUAUUCAUUUUCUACAGUGUCUCAAGGUUUGCUUGAGUCUUGUAGCAUUUUUCCCCACUGUUGGAUGUGAGGCUUUUUUUAAACAAAUGAAUAAUGAAGAAAAAACAAUAACAAACUCUUAGAUGUGCACUCUUGACCUGAAUUAUCUAAAAAGAAGUUUUUCACAAGAAUGGCCAUGACUCAGAUGUUGUUUCGGAACAAAAACCUGCUUGUGAAGCUGGGAAAGGUGUGAAGAUAAUCAAACCAAGCAGGUAGUGCAGAUCAAACUGAGUGUUAGGGAGCUGCAGAAUUCAAUAUUGCAGCGUUCACCUGGCCCUGCUGAUUAGGGACUCCUGGUUCCUGCCAGCUCAGGGACAAAACAGCUCUCCAUAAACACAGCUUGGUACCACCUCAAUUUGCAGUCACCCCAGAAACUAUGGCUGAGUGCCAUCAGCAGUAAGAAUCAAACUUGACUGACCCAGUGAAGCACCAGAUUUGAAGACACUGAUUCUUAAGGUCAUUCACCCAAACCUCAGGAUCCAGCUUGAAUUCUUUGCUGACAGUUCAAAUCCAGUUGGUCUUUUUCAGCGGCCAUGCCUCAACUGGAAAAACCAACAGGAAAUGAACCUUCCUAGUGGUAGAACCACAGUCAGGGUGAGGAAGACAGGGAAGCUGUGAGCUCUGGAGGACAGUGUGUGAAGUCCCAUGGGGUGUGAAUCGCCAGCAAGGGUGCAGCUGUAGCACACUGCUGUUCUUCCUUGGGGUCAUCAUGUGUUGGUCAGAGUUUCUUCAGUGACCUGGGUCUGGCCCAUGGCCAAUGUUGUCCUUCUGAGGGUAGAGAGGACAGCUGGAUGAGGCAAGUAGGAAUCCCCCCAGCCUGCAUGGACAGCAUCCCCCAGGUCUGUGCAUCCCCCAGGAGCUCCCUGCACAGGCUUUUCUGGAAGAGCAAUAAAUGCACAACCCCACAGCACAGCUGCUGCUCCUCACUGACAUCCGUGGAACAGGAACUGGCUCCAUUGUCACCAAGAUGUUGGUGUUUUCACCCCUGCUCCACGAUUAGUUGUGAUCAUUGUUCUGUUCAGUUAAUAUUUGUCAUAUUCACUGAAGUUACUCACUGCAGAGGAGAGCAUUCAUCAGGCGUUUCCCAUACAAUCUUUGGAACAACUGGAUUUUUCUUUGGAAGAACAUCCUUUCUGUCUCCUGGCAUGUGGAUCAUCUUCCAUCAUGUGGAAGCCUGCAGGAGCUCUGGAAGUCCAUAAUUAAAGGCUCUCCUGCCCAAGGAUGGUCCCAGUCUUUCUCAGGCUGCAGGGAGGUUCGUUUGGCAGUGAAUUUUGGAAGAAUCAGUCUAUUCAGUGGCUCCAGGGAAAUCAGGAGAUUCCAGAGUUAUCUAUCUCCAGCCUUUCAUAAAUAAGACCUUUAACUUAAAAUAGUACUAAAUAUUUAGAUUAAGGAGAAUAAUUACUAACACCCUCAUGCUAAAAUUAAAAUAAAGUCUGCAUCAGUUUAAAGCAUCUCUUCUGUGUGCUGGACAGGACACACUUCCUUUUAUGCCAAAUAAUAUUGGAGUGCUGGCUGGUAAUAUUUGUCUUUCUUAAAUGCAAAAACUGAAAAGAUAAAGAAAUCGGUUCAGAGAAUUUUUAAAUGGUUUCAUUUAGGGAAAAUAAAAAAUUUCAUCAAAGAAGGUGAAAGCCAACAAUAUGCUACAGUAUUAUGGGCUGACCUCCCCCAAAUGUCUCUGUGAUAAUACAAAUACAAUCUGCUGCAGUUGGAUCAGCUAAGCUGGUGUAAUGACAAAUGGGCUUGAUGAAAGAAGCAAUUUUAAACAGAUUGCUGCCUAUUCAUUAACAUGAAUAUUACUGCUGGCACAUAUGUAUUCUCCUGGCUUUAGGUACUGGAGCCAGGAGAGAUGGUUUGUAUUCCUCUUCUGACUGUGUUUUUCUUCACUGCCCUGGGCAAACCGCUGUGCAAUUUUGUUUUCCCAACCCCAAACAUGGAGGGAUGCUCUCUGUCUGUCAGUGGAAAGCACUUUGGAGUCUGUGCAUAAACCAGAUCAGUAUCAACUCUUUGUAUUAUUAUUUAAAUGAAAUAGGCUUAGUAUAGCUGCUCUUUAUUUACACGACUAGUGAGACAACUCUCCUAAAUUAGGACUCUUUUUAUUAUUGGUUUGUUUUAGCUCCUUAGAGAUACUGAAACAGAACAAACUGAACUUGUGUAAGACAUCUCCAGCAGACAAAAAGGUGACAGUGCAAAUGUUUUAAGCAUUAAUUUCUUUCUGAAGAGCUGGCCAGUAAUUGUGGCAUUCACAUGAACACACUUCCUCUGAUUUUAGAAUGGAGAGAAAUAGUUAAGAGGAAGGGAGCAAAACAACAUUCAUUGGCUGAACUUUUUUGGCCAAGCCUUCAGAGGAUUCCCUAGGCACCAAUUGAGUGAGGUGCUGUGUGAAAUCCCAAAUUUCUGGGAUUUCUGGAAGCAAAAGAGGAAACGUGCCUGGGGUCAGUGGGCUCCAGAGGGGAACUCCAGGAUUUCUGGAGUGGUCCUGUAGAGAAGAUUCACUCCCAGAGAAGAAAUAUCUCAGGUAGUGGCUGGAUGGCAAAUGUGUUUUCCUUUCUCAUCACCCCACAUGCAGCUGUUAGAUAUGUUAAUUAGCAAGCUCAAACGAGUUGUUUCAUGUGUAUUGAAUGCGGUCUCCCUUAAUUGCAUUUCUUUUAAACACUGGACACUCUUCUAAAAGACUGAACAUUUUAGCCUUUUGAAGCUGAAAGCUGUAAAAACUUUAUUUUGUGUUUCUGAGCAAUGUAGAUAGACCUAAAGAUUUCAUGAACUAUCAUGUGGUUGCCCAUAUCUGACUAAUAAUUAAAUUGUAAAAUUGCAGUUUCAUAUUAGGGUUAGUCUUUUCACCUGCUUUAAAAAUUAAAAAUCAUAUUUGGUAUAUAAACACACACAAAAUAUCCUUCUGAUUGAAUUUCAAGAGCAUAUCCAGGAGUAAAUGUUUUUAAGCACUUCUAAUACUGUAGUCUAUAAGAGGAGCAGACACUUCUAAAGCAAUGUUAAAAGUUGUCUUUCAUAACUGAGUCAACAGAUCAUUUUUGUAAUAAAUUAAAGCAAGUGUUCUCAAUUAGAAGAGCUAGUGGCUGUUGAUAUUGUACAAAAAAAAAAGUCAUUCUAAUAUCCAAAGGGUUAGGGGUGGGGAGGGUCUGUUUGGUUUCGUUUCUCUUUCCAGGGAGAUCUUUAACAUUGUUUGAUGAAGCUAGUUUCAUUUUGAGAUUGUUACUGAAGAUAAAGGCUUCUGUGUUCUAUGGCUGCUUGGAUUUUUCGUACAUAAUGUCCUAGUAAUGUCACAGUGCUGCUGUAUUUAGAUCAAACCACUGUUUUGAUUGGGGUUUUUGGCUUUUUUUUUUUUUUAAUAAAUUCCUUAAUUUAAA